AAGUCUUCACAUUCUAGUUUGAAAGAAAAAAAAUUCUUCUCUCGAAAACGUGUUCUACGAUUUCUCUUUGCUUUAAAUAUAGUAAUUAUACCGUUCAACAUGAGGCUCAUCCAUCUUCUUAAAAGAAGCCAAGGAGUUUCAUCAAUUCCCAAGGGCUAUUGUGCAGUAUAUGUUGGAGAGAGCCAAAAGAAGCGUUUCAUAAUUCCAAUUAGUUACUUGAAUCAACCAUGUUUUCAAGAGUUGCUUAGCCAAACUGAAGAAGAAUUCGGGUACCAUCAUCCAAUGGGAGGUCUUACUAUUCAUUGCAAAGAUGCCAUCUUCACUAAUCUCAUCUCUCGUUUGAAUGAUCUAUGAGAGACGAAUAACAUUUUCAAAAUACAAAAACUCUGAUAGCUAGAAAUAACCAACACUUCAUGUACAUUUUUUUUCUUUCAUUUUCGUCAUUUUUUUGUUUCCUUUAGUGGGGAGUAAAAUAAUGUUUCCCUGGUUAAGGAAAUUACCCAAGGAUGAAAUGAAAUGAAAUAACUUCAGUUCUACAGAAAAUUUAAGAGGUUCAUUCCUUAAAGAA